UAUUCGGAUGGCCACGUCGCCGCCAUGAUCCUCCGACCCGAGCAUUCGGAUCCCUUAUCUCGAGAUCCACUCUCCCUUGUCGGAUCUCCUCCCGCCGGCUCCGAUCUAUAGGCUCCGGCCACCUUCCCCCUUCUCCGGCGAGGAUCCGUUCUCCUUCCCGGAUCCACACCCGGAUCCGAAUGGGGAACACCUGCGUGGGCCCCAGCGGCCUUCGCGGCAGCUUCUUCCAAUCCGUCACUUCCGCCGCCCUCUGGCGCCCCCGCGCCGGCGCUGACGUUGCCGACGCCCUCCCCAACCCUCCUCCUCCGAACCCCUCAUCCUCCUCAUCCGCCCCGCCCGACGAACCCCCCACUCCCGUCACCAUCCCCGACUCUAACCUCCGCCCCUCCUCCUCUCCCCCCAAACCCAAGCCCCCUGCCGUGAAGCGCGUCGCCAGCGCUGGCCUCCAGACUGACUCUGUCCUCCAGCGGAAGACAGAGAAGCUCAAGGACAUUUACAGCCUUGGCCGCAAGCUUGGUCAAGGCCAGUUCGGCACCACCUACCUCUGUAUUGAGAAAGCCACCGGCAAGGAGUUCGCCUGCAAGUCUAUUGCCAAGCGGAAACUCGUCACUGACGAGGAUGUCGAGGACGUGCGCCGCGAGAUCCAGAUCAUGCACCAUAUGGCCGGAAACCCCAAUGUUAUCUCCAUCAUCGGGGCGUAUGAGGACGCUGUUGCUGUGCAUCUUGUGAUGGAGCUCUGUGCGGGCGGGGAGUUGUUUGAUAGAAUUAUUCAGAGAGGGCAUUACUCGGAGAAGGCUGCUGCCGGGCUUGCGAGAGUGAUCGUUGGGGUUGUGGAGGCGUGUCAUUCGCUCGGGGUUAUGCAUCGAGAUCUCAAGCCGGAGAAUUUUCUCUUUGUUAAUCAGCAGGAGGAAUCGCCGCUCAAGACCAUCGAUUUUGGGCUCUCGGUUUUCUUUAAGCCAGGAGACAUGUUUGCUGAUGUUGUUGGUAGUCCAUACUAUGUUGCACCUGAAGUUCUGAAAAAAUAUUAUGGCCCUGAGGCAGAUGUUUGGAGUGCUGGAGUGAUCAUUUACAUUUUGCUGAGUGGAGUCCCUCCUUUUUGGGAUGAAUCAGAGCAGGGUAUAUUUGAACAAGUAUUAAAAGGUGACCUCGACUUUUCAUCUGAUCCCUGGCCUAGUAUCUCUGACAGUGCAAAAGAUUUGGUUAGGAAAAUGCUUGUCAGAGAUCCAAGAAAACGGUUGUCUGCACAUCAAGUUCUUUGCCAUCCUUGGGUUCAAGUUGAUGGUGUUGCUCCUGAUAAGCCUCUUGACUCUGCUGUUUUAACUCGUUUAAAGCAAUUUUCUGCAAUGAACAAGCUCAAGAAACUGGCCCUCAGGGUUAUUGCUGAGAGUUUAUCAGAAGAGGAAAUUGCAGGUCUAAAAGAACUGUUCAAGAUGAUAGACACAGAUAAUAGUGGGCAGAUUACAUAUGAAGAACUCAAGGCUGGUUUAGAAAGAGUAGGUGCCAAACUAAAGGAUUCUGAAAUUUUAGCUCUGAUGGAAGCGGCAGACAUUGACAAUAGUGGCACAAUAGACUAUGGGGAAUUCAUUGCUGCAACCAUGCAUCUAAACAAAAUCGAAAGAGAGGAUAAUCUAUUUGCCGCAUUUUCAUAUUUUGAUAAAGACGGAAGUGGCUACAUCACUCAAGAUGAGCUCCAACAAGCAUGUGAAGAUUUUGGCUUAGGAGAAGUUCGCCUCGAAGAAAUAAUCCGUGAGAUUGACCAAGAUAAUGAUGGAAGAAUAGACUACAACGAGUUUGUCGCUAUGAUGCACAAAGGAAAUGCUGGUAUAGGCAGGAAGGGCAUGCAAAGUAACUUCAGUUUUGGUCUUAGGGAGGCAUUGAAGAUUGGUUAAGUGUUUUCAGUGAAUCUGCAUAUACCAUUGAUCAGGCUUAAAUUGUGUGGAGUGCGAUGCUGUCGACUUCUUUAAGAACCUAGGACUUCAGUGUCGUCGUGUUCAAACGAGACUCCACGUGCACGGAUGAAUGUUCAUGUUCGAUCACUUCAUGAUUCUUUUUAAAGUGCAUACAUCUUCCUUUGAAGGCGAAUGUUUUCAAACCAUUUUCUCAAAUUUUAGUGUUUUCUGUGCCUUUGGACUGUCAAUCUGUAUCUUGAAUUACACAGAAGCUGUUUCUUACACCUGUGAAAUUGGUGAAUGAAAUUUGUUUGUAAAUGUAUGAAUGGGCAAAUAGUUUGCAUGUAUGUCCUGAGUACAGAUUAUUAGUAUUGGAGAAUGGAAUAGAUGGAAUGCGUUUCUAGAGUUCAUAAAA